AGGGGCUGUCAUUCGCGGUGCGGGUCGCCGCCCUCAGCUGCGCCUGGCGGUUCUGGCUCCUCCUUCUCUCUCCGCUACGGCCCUACCAUGGUGCUUGAGUCGGUGGUCGCGGACCUGCUGAACCGCUUCCUGGGGGACUAUGUUGAGAACCUGAACAAGUCCCAGCUGAAGCUGGGCAUCUGGGGCGGUAAUGUGGCUUUAGAUAAUCUACAGAUAAAAGAAAAUGCUCUGAGUGAAUUGGAUGUUCCUUUUAAAGUCAAGGCUGGCCAAAUUGAUAAAUUAACUUUGAAGAUUCCUUGGAAAAACCUUUAUGGAGAAGCAGUUGUUGCUACCCUCGAGGGAUUAUACCUGCUUGUUGUCCCUGGAGCAAGUAUUAAGUAUGAUGCUGAGAAGGAAGACAAAUCUUUGCAGGAUAUUAAGCAGAAAGAACUUUCCCGAAUUGAAGAAGCCCUUCAAAAAGCAGCAGAGAAAGGCGCACAUUCAGGGGAGUUCAUAUAUGGCUUGGAAAACUUUGUUUACAAGGACGUCAAGCCUGGACGUAAGCGUAAAAAGCACAAAAAACAUUUUAAGAAACGUUUUAAAGGUCUUGAUCGCUCAAAAGAUAAGCCAAAAGAAGCCAAAAAGGAUACAUUUUUGGAAAAAUUGGCAACACAAGUAAUAAAAAAUGUACAAGUAAAAAUCACAGAUAUUCACAUUAAAUAUGAAGAUGAUGUCACUGAUCCAGAGCGGCCUCUUUCAUUUGGUGUCACAUUGGGAGAAUUUAGUCUAUUGACUACAAAUGAACACUGGACUCCAUGCAUAUUAAAUGAAGCAGAAAAAAUUAUAUACAAGCUUAUACGGCUGGAUAGUCUUAGUGCUUACUGGAAUGUAAACUGCUGCAUGUCUUACCAUGGAUCAAGGGAGCAGAUCUUGGAUCAGUUGAAAAAUGAAAUUCUUACCAGUAGAAAUAUACCCCCGAACCAUCAGUAUAUUUUCCAGCCAAUAUCUGCCUCUGCGAAACUUUACAUGAAUCCUUAUGCAGAAAUAGAACUCAAAACACCCAAACUGGAUUGCAACAUAGAAGUCCAAAAUAUUGCCAUUGAACUAACUAAGCCCCAGUACUUAAGUAUGAUUGACCUUUUGGAGUCAGUGGAUUAUAUGGUUAGAAAUGCCCCUUACAGGAAAUACAAACCUUAUUUACCACUUCAUACCAACAGUCGACAGUGGUGGAAAUAUGCAAUUAAUUCUGUUCUUGAAGUUCACAUAAGAAGAUAUACACGAAUGUGGUCAUGGAGUAACAUAAAAAAGCACAGGCAGUUGCUUCAGAGUUAUAAAACUGUCUACAAAAGCAAGCUAACCCAGACCAAAGUAUCAGAAGAAAUACAGAAACAAAUUCAGGACUUGGAGAAGACUCUAGAUGUUUUUAACAUAAUUUUAGCAAGGCAACAAGCACAAGUUGAGGUGAUUCGGUCAGGACAAAAAUUAAGGAAAAAAUCUGACACAGGCGAGAAACGUGGAGGCUGGUUUAGUGGGUUUUGGGGCAAAAAGGAGUCUAAGAAAAAAGAUGAAGAAUCAUUAAUUCCUGAAACUAUUGAUGACCUUAUGACUCCAGAGGAAAAAGAUAAACUCUUCACUGCUAUAGGUUAUAGUGAGAGCACCCACAACUUAACUUUACCUAAGCAGUAUGUUGCCCAUAUAAUGACCCUGAAGUUGAUAAGUACCUCUGUUGUAAUCAGGGAAAGUAAAAAUAUUCCAGAAAUACUAAAAAUUCAGAUAAUUGGCCUUGGCACUCAAGUAUCUCAGCGACCAGGAGCACAAGCAGUGAAGAUAGAAGCAAAAUUAGAACACUGGUAUAUAACAGGUCUGAGACAGCAAGAUACUGUACCAUCACUUGUGGCUUCAAUUGGUGAUACUGCAUCAUCUUUGCUUAAAAUUGAGUUUGAGACUAAUCCGGAGAAUAGUCCUGCUGACCAGACCCUGAUUAUUCAGUCUCAGCCUGUAGAGGUCAUCUAUGAUGCUAAAACCAUAAAUGCAGUAGUUGAAUUCUUUCAGUCAAAUAGGGGAUUAGAUCUUGAGCAGAUAACAUCAGCUACAUUGAUGAAGCUGGAAGAAAUUAAAGAGAGAACAGCUACAGGACUUACACAUAUUAUUGAAACUCGAAAAGUCCUUGAUUUAAGGAUAAAUCUAAAGCCUUCUUAUCUAAUAAUUCCACAGACAGGUUUUCACCAAAAAAAGUCAGAUCUUCUCAUUUUAGAUUUUGGUACAUUUCAGCUCAACAGUAAAGAUCAAGGUUUACAGAAAACUACUAAUUCAUCUCUGGAAGAAAUAAUGGAUAAAGCAUAUGACAAGUUUGAUAUUGAAAUAAAGAGUGUGCAACUACUCUUUGCAAGAGCAGAGGAAAACUGGAAAAAGUGUCGAUUUCAGCAUCCGUCAACUAUGCAUAUAUUGCAACCAAUGGAUAUCCAUGUUGAAUUGGCCAAGGCAAUGGUAGAGAAAGACGCUAGAAUGGCCAGAUUUAAAGUAUCAGGAGGACUUCCUUUGAUGCAUGUGAGAAUUUCUGACCAGAAGAUGAAAGAUAUGCUGUGUUUGAUUAACAGUAUACCUUUGCCACAGAAAUCAUCUACACAGUCUGCAGAGAGACAGAUAUCCUCAAUUCCUAUUAUUUCAGGAGGGACCAAAGGUCUACUUGGUACUUCACUGUUGCUAGAUGGAGUGGAAUCAGAGUCUGAUGAUGAGUAUUUUGAUGCUGAAGAUGGAGACUCACAGAUUGCUAAAAGUAUCAAAGGAACAGAAUUUAAAAAAGCUGCAGAGAUUCCAAAUGAGGAACUCAUUAAUCUUCUACUCAAGUUUGAAAUUAAAGAAGUGAUUUUGGAAUUCACUAAACAACAGAAAGAAGAAGAUACAAUUCUAGUAUUUAAUGUUACACAAUUAGGAACAGAGGCGACAGUAAGAACAUUUGACUUAACUGCAGUGUCUUAUUUAAAGAAAAUAAGCUUGGAUUACCAUGAAAUUCAAGGAUCUAGAAAGAAACCCCUUCACUUGAUUAGUUCUUCUGACAAACCUGGAUUAGAUCUUUUAAAAGUGGAAUAUAUUAAGGCUGAUAAGAAUGGACCAAGCUUUCAAACUACUUUUGAAAAAACGGAACAAACACUUAAGGUGGCCUUUUCAUCUUUAAAUCUCUUCUUGCAAGCACAAGCACUUCUCUCUUCUAUUAACUACCUGACAACCAUUAUUCCAUCAGAUAGUCAAAAUGUGGGUGUUGUCAAGGAUGUACAGAUUUCAACUGAAAAACAAAAAAAUUCACCUUUGCAGAAAGUGAUUGUGUCCUCUAAAGAUAGUGACAUUGUUGGGUUUAGGCUGUUUGCCAAGUUGAAUGCUUUCUGUGUCAUUGUUUGUGAUGAGAAGAGCAAUAUUGCUGAAAUCAAGAUUCAAGGCCUUGAUUCCGCCCUUUCUCUUCAGUCAAAGAAGCAAUCACUUUUUGCCAGACUGGAAAAUAUUAUUGUCACAGAUAUUGAUCCUAAGACAGUUCAUAAACAAGCCGUGUCAAUAAUGGGAAAUGAAGUUUUUCGUUUUAAUUUGGAUUUGUAUCCAGAUGCUACUGAGGGAGAUUCGUAUACUGAUAUGUCCAAAGUGGAUGCUGUGCUAUCACUGAAUGUUGGCUGUAUUCAGAUUGUCUAUCUUCAUAAAUUCCUAAUGUCACUUCUGAACUUCAUGAACAAUUUCCAGACAGCUAAGGAGGCACUGAGUGCUGCCACUGCCCAGGCUGCAGAAAAGGCUGCCAUGAGUGUGAAGGACCUUGCUCAGAGGAGCCUUCGUGUUUCCUUCUACAUUGAUUUGAAAGCACCAGUUAUUAUCAUCCCACAGUCUUCCAUUUCCACCAAUGCUGUAGUGGUAGAUCUUGGAUUAAUCAGAGUUCAAAAUCAUUUUAGUUUGGUGUCUGGUGAAGACUCCUUAAAUCCUCCAGUAAUUGACAGAAUGGAUGUACAGCUCACAAAACUCAAGCUUUCUAGGACAAUAAUCCAGCCAGGCAUCUCCCAUCCUGAUAUUCAGCUGUUGCACCCAAUUAAUUUGGAGUUUUCUGUAAAUCGAAAUCUAGCUGCAAAUUGGUACCACAAAGUGCCUGUUGUGGAAAUUAAAGGACAUCUUGAUUCAAUGAAUGUUAGUCUAAACCAGGAAGAUCUUAAUCUUUUAUUUAGAAUAUUGGGAGAAAAUCUUGGUGAGGCUACUGAAGACCUAGAUAAAGUGAAACCAAGAAUACAAGAGACAGGUAAAAUUAAAGAGCCCUGUGAAACCUCUAUAUCACAAGAUGUACAUGCUUCACAAGAUACUUUAACAGCUGGAAUGGAAGAAAUUAGAUCUGUAGAUAUCAUUAAUAUUUUGCUGAAUUUUGAAAUUAAAGAGGUUGUGGUUACUCUGAUGAAAAAAGCAGAAAAGAAAGGAAGGCCUUUCCAUGAACUCAAUGUUCUGCAGCUUGGAGUAGAAGCUAGAGUUAAAACAUAUGACAUGACUGCUAAAGCUUAUCUAAAAAAAAUUAGUAUGCGGUGCUUUGAUUUUACUGACUCUAAAGGAGAACCUCUUCACAUUGUUAACUCUUCUAAUGUAACUGAUGAACCUCUCCUGAAAAUGUUGCUGAUCAAGGCGGACAGUGAUGGACCAGAAUUUAACACUGUUCAUGACAAUACCAAACAGAGACUGAAGGUUUCAUUUUCAUCCUUGGACUUGGUACUUCAUUUGGAAGCUUUACUUUCCUUCAUGGAUUUUCUAUCAUCUGCUGUUCCAUCCUCUGAGUCUUCCUUUUCUGAGAAGGAAUCUGAGCAAAAACCCCUUGUGGGGGAAUCUGGAAGUAUUGCCAUCAAAACUGUAUCCAGCACCAUUUCUAAAGAAGAUGUGUUUGAUUUAAAGGUCACAGCUGAAUUAAAUGCAUUUAAUAUCUUUGUUUGUGAUCAGAAGUGUAACAUAGCAGAUAUUAAAAUACAUGGAAUGGAUGCCUCUGUAUCUGUGAAGCCAAAGCAGACUGAUGUGUUUGCCAGACUUCAGAAUAUCAUAGUUACAAAUGUUGAUUUGCUGUCCAUUCACAAAAAGGCAGUCUCUAUUUUGGGAGAUGAAGUCUUCAGAUUUCAAAUGACUCUGUAUCCAGAUGCCACAGAAGGAAAGGCUUAUACAGAUAUGUCUAAAGUGGAUGGCAAACUUAGUCUCAAAGUGGGCUGUAUUCAAAUUGUUUAUGUUCAUAAAUUCUUCAUGUCUCUUUUGAACUUUCUCAACAAUUUCCAAACUGCCAAAGAAGCUUUGAGCACAGCCACAGUCCAGGCUGCAGAAAGAGCUGCUUCCAGCAUGAAAGACUUGGCUCAAAAGAGUUUCCGCCUUUUGAUGGAUAUCAAUUUGAAAGCACCAGUUAUUAUUAUUCCUCAGUCUUCAGUAUCACCUAAUGCUAUUAUAGCAGAUCUGGGUUUAAUCAGAAUUGAAAACAAAUUUAGCUUGGUUCCUAUGGAACAUUAUUCUCUUCCCCCCAUUGUUGAUACGAUGAUUGUCCAGCUCACUCAGUUGAAGCUGUCCAGAACUAUUUUGCAGUCUGGCUUGCCACCAUAUGACAUUGAAAUUCUAAAACCAGUCAACAUGCUUUUGUCUGUACAACGAAAUUUAUCAGCAACGUGGUAUGUACAGAUUCCAGGGAUGGAGAUAAAAGGAAAACUAAAACCUAUGCAGGUUGCUCUCAGUGAAGAUGACUUAACAGUUUUAAUGAAAAUUUUGCUGGAAAAUCUUGGAGAAGCUUCUUCACAGCCAAUCCCUACACAAUCUGUACAGGAGGCUGUAAGAGUGAGGAAAGAUGUUCUGAGUGGUCCUGUCUUCCUCAAAGAUCAAGAACAUUUGACAGACUCAAAGCCUUCUAUGGACCAGAAUGUUACUCUCCAAUAUGACUUUCAUUUUGAAUCUCUCUCCAUUGUCCUUUAUAACAAUGAUAUCAAUCAGGAAUCCAAACUUGCAUUUCAUAAUGACAGUUUCCGCCUUGGUGAGCUCAGACUGUAUCUGAUGGCCUCUGCAGGGAAGAUAUUCAAGGAUGGUUCAGUAAAUGUCAGCCUUAAACUUAAGACAUGCACCCUUGAUGAUCUCAGAGAAGGCAUUGAGAGAGCAACAUCAAGGAUGAUAGACAAAAAGAAUGACCAAGAUAACAACAGUUCUAUGAUUGAUAUAAGUUACAAACAAGACAAAAAUGGAAGUCAAAUUGAGGCUGUUCUUGACAAGCUAUAUGUAUGUGCCAGUGUGGAGUUUCUGAUGACUGUGGCAGAUUUCUUUAUCAAAGCCAUGCCACAGAAUCCUGAAAAUAUGGCAAAAGAAAUACAGAUUCCACCAAGACAGACUGCCACAGGGAAAGUCAAGAUAGAGAAAGAUGAUUCUGUAAGACCAAAUAUAACUUUAAAGGCCAUGAUCACAGAUCCAGAAGUGGUGUUUGUUGCCAACCUGACAAAGGCUGAUGCUCCUGCUCUGACAGCUUCCUUCCAGUGUAACCUCUCUCUGUCAACAUCUGAACUUGAGCAGAUGAUGGAAGCUUCUGUGAGAGAUCUAAAAGUGCUCGCUUGCCCUUUUCUCAGAGAAAAGAGAGGGAAAAACAUUACCACAGUCUUACAGCCCUGCUCAUUAUUUAUGGAAAAAUGUACAUGGGCCUCAGGAAAACAAAACAUAAACAUUAUGGUUAAAGAAUUUAUAAUUAAGAUCUCACCCAUAAUUCUUAAUACUGUGAUGACAAUCAUGGCUGCUAUGUCUCCAAAGGCAAAAGAAGUUGAAUCUAAAGAUACAUCUAAGGAAAUGGAAAAUCUUUGGGAUGUCAGAUCUAUUAGUGAUUAUAACUCUUGGUUUCUUGGUGUUGACUUGGCAACAGAAUUAACAGAAAAUUUCAGAGACAGUGAACAACCACGGAUAGAGGAAAAUUGUGCUAUUACUGUGGAGUCAGUUCAGAUUACCUUAGAAUGUGGCCUUGGGCAUCGAACAGUACCUUUAUUACUGGCAGAGUCUAUGUUUUCAGGCAGUAUUAAAAAUUGGACUUCUCUGAUGGCUGCUGCAGCUGACAUGACACUACAGGUUCACUAUUACAAUGAAAUCCAUGCUGUGUGGGAGCCACUGAUUGAGAGAGUGGAGGGGAAGCGACAAUGGAAUUUAAAGGUUAAUGUAAAGAAGAACCAAAUACAGGACAAAAGUUUGAUGCCAGGAGAUGAUUUUAUUCCUGAGCCACAAAUGGCAAUUCAUAUUUCUUCAGGAGAUACAAUGAAUAUAACAAUAUCCAAAAGUUGUCUUAGUGUUUUCAACAAUUUAGCAAAAGGUUUUUCACAGGGUGCUGCUUCUACUUUUGACUACUCCUUAAAAGACAGGGCUCCUUUUAUGGUAAAAAAUGCUGUAGGUGUUCCCAUUAAGGUGCAACCAAAUCGUAAUCUCAGAGUGAUGGGCCCCCCUGAGAAAAGUGGCAUUUAUGAUGUGGAUGCUGGUCAGAACUUGGAGCUGGAAUAUGCCAGCAUGGAACCUUCACAUCAAGGGAAACUGUGUGUACUCAGCCGUCAAGAAAGCUCCUUCUUCACUCUGACCUUUGUACCGCAUGGAUACACAGAAGUUGGAAACAUCCCUGUUGCCAGACCUGGACGGCGAUUGUACAAUGUACGGAAUCCCAAUGCCAGUCAUUCUGAUUCAGUCUUGGUACAGAUUGAUGCAACUGAAGGGAAUAAAGUAAUUACCCUGCGUUCUCCCCUGCAGAUUAAAAACCAUUUCUCUAUUGCAUUUAUCAUCUAUAAAUUUGUCAAGAAUAUUAAGCUGUUGGAGCCCAUUGGAAUAGCCAGACCUGAAGAGGAGUUCCAUGUUCCUUUAAAUUCAUAUAGAUGUCAAUUGUUUAUUCAACCAGCCGGAAUCUUAGAGCAUCAGUACAAAGAAUCUACCACUUAUAUUUCCUGGAAGGAAGAACUUCACAGGAGCAGGGAAGUCAGAUGCAGGUUGCAGUGUCCAUCAGUGGAAGUCAACUUCCUGCCUCUCAUAGUGAAUACAGUUGCUGUGCCUGAUGAACUAAGCUAUAUCAGCACACAUGGGGAAGAUUGGGAUCCAGCUUACAUUAUUCAUCUUUACCCUCCUCUCACUCUGCGGAAUCUUCUCCCCUAUUCUUUAAGAUAUUUACUCGAGGGAACAGCAGAAACUCAUGAACUAACCGAAGGCAGUACUGCUGAUGUUUUACAUUCACGAAUCAGUGGAGAGAUCAUGGAAUUAGUCCUGGUGAAAUACCUGGGCAAAAACUGGAAUGGACAUUUCCGCAUAUGUGAUACACUUCCCGAAUUCUUUGUUGUGUGCUUUUCUUCCGACUCCACAGAUGUGAUGACAGUCGAUCUGUCCAUACAUGUCAGGCGAAUUGGCAGCCGAUUAGUGCUCUCUGUGUUUAGUCCCUAUUGGUUGAUCAACAAGACUUCUCGUGUUCUUCAGUAUCGUUCAGAAGAUAUUCACGUGAAACAUCCAGCUGAUUUUAGGGACAUUAUUUUAUUCUCUUUUAAGAAGAAGAACAUUUUUAGUAAAAACAAGGUUCAGUUAAAAAUUUCAACUAGUUCUUGGUCCAAUAGUUUCUCAUUGGAUACAGUGGGAAGUUAUGGGUGUGUGAAGUGUCCUGCCAACAAUAUGGAAUACCUGGUUGGUGUUAGCAUCAAAAUGAGCAGUUUUAAUCUUUCACGAAUAGUUACUCUGACUCCCUUUUGUACCAUUACAAACAAGUCAUCAUUAGAACUAGAAGUUGGUGAAAUUGCAUCUGAUGGCUCAAUGCCAACUAAUAAAUGGAACUAUAUUGCUUCUUCAGAGUGCCUUCCAUUUUGGCCCGAAAAUUUGUCAGGCAAACUUUGUGUGAGAGUGGUGGGCUGUGAAGGAUCCUCCAAACCAUUCUUUUAUAACCAACAGGAUAAUGGCACUUUGUUGAGUUUAGAAGAUCUUAAUGGAGGUAUAUUGGUGGAUGUUAACACUGCUGAACAUUCAACUGUCAUAACCUUUUCUGAUUACCAUGAGGGAUCUGCACCCGCCCUGAUAAUAAACCAUACACCAUGGGACAUCCUCACAUAUAAACAGAGGUAUGAAAGGGGAUUGAUGGAAACUCUGGCUUUUAUUGGGCCACAGUACCUUCUGAGAUACAUUUAGCUUUCACAUACCACA